AACACUGAGCUCCAUCACCACAUCAACGAAACAGACUUGCUGUUCCGAUGAGGUCUUCGCCUUACAAACAAGUUCCCAUUAUAGUUGGCUUGCAGCUAUAAUGGACUACAGCAGUCUGCUCAUCGCUGCCAUAUUGUUCUUUCAACACUUUCAUGGCGCAUGCGCUGAUGAUACGGCAGAAACAGAGAACAGAUACACUAAAAAAGCUGGAUCACCUAGAUGCAAGAACAAAGCUCACUACUGUCGUGCCACAGACGGUCCCACAAAACCAAAAUGUGAUAUCAAUUCCAUGAAACCAUGCUACAAAGAAAGAAUGGUAUUUGAAUCAUUGGGAACAAAACAUGUUCUUUGUGACACAAAAACUGAUGGAGGUGGAUGGGUCAUUAUCCAGCGCCGUAUCAGAAUGGACGUGAACUUUUCAAAAUACUGGAAUGACUAUCGUGAUGGCUUUGGCUCGAUUGAUGGGGACUUUUGGAUUGGAAAUGAUUUUAUUUAUCGACUCACGUCUGCAGGCUAUACUGAUUUGAGGUUUGACAUGAAAUAUAACGGACAGAGCUACUAUGCCGUGUGCCACAACUUUGUGUUGGAAAACGAAGCUGCUUCCUAUCGGAUGACCUUUGACGGCUACUCAGGCAAUACAACUGAUAACAUGACAUACCAAAAAGGUCAAAGGUUCGCAACUAUGGACCGUAAAUUUAGCUAUAUAAAUUGUGCAGGGAUUUUCAAGAACGGCUGGUGGUAUAAAGAAUGCCAUCAAACAAACCCAAAUGGAGAAUGGGGAAACACGGAAUUCGGCGCAGGUAUUAACUGGUACAGCAUCACUGGCUUCCACGCGUCCCUCAGUUUUAUAGAGAUGAAACUGCGAAAACCAAAUCGCUAGUAGGCUUUCCGGUGAAAAUGUAAGUUGACUGGUCACGUCUUGACAUCAAUAAAGCCCU